AUGAUCGUUAGCGGCUGCACUCCGAAUCGACUUCCGGUGAGCCUAUCAACAGGACCUAGAAGCAGACGGCCGGCAAGGGUGAUCGGCUGUCCUGUGCUAAUCGCGAUGCGUGCGGAGAUUGUCAUGGCGAAUGAGCUGAUUGCACAAUACCAAAUCUCCGGGGAAGUGCAGCAGCUAUUCCACAUCCAGAAUGGCGUGCGAACUGUGGGGGAAGAAACGUUCGAGCAAAUCAGGCGGCUGGCCAGGCAUAAGCGGGUGCGGGCGUCUUGUCUGGAAUACCAGCUGAUUCAGCCGACAGCCAAGCGCGCUUGUGCGCCGGAGGAGUGGUCUGUAGGCAGCCAGGCAACGGUGUCCUCAUUGGGGUACGGGGCGUUUGGCAGAGGGUGCAGCAGGAUGACCUCCGCAGGCAGCAUCCUGCACAGUGGGUCUGCAGGCGCGUGCAAGAGCGGGUCGCACGGUUCUAUUCUGCAGAGCGAGGUGAUGCAGCAGGAGGAGUCGGGGGUGCUGGAGAGCGAGGCCACGGCGUCGCAGAUCAUCGAGUCGGAGCCCGCCGCUGUGCGCAGCAGCCCGCCGCCGGAGAUGCUGGGCUCGAGCGAGUUCCAGUAG